CUUUUCCCUAACAAAAAUAUAAUAUUAAAAUAGUGUGUGUAAGGUAAAGUUUGAGCGCCAGGUUCAUCCCUCCGGUGCCGGGGCCUAUAUAAACUGGGGCUACGGAUCACGGCACAGCAUUCGGCGUGCAACAGGUGGACGAGUCCAGCAGGUACAAUGCAGUCAACAAUGAAGUUCGUCGUAGCCAUGGUCAUGCUGGCAUCCGCCCUCGCCAGCGCUUACAAUAGCGACGUGAAGCUCCGCCGGGAUGGCAUGCUGAACCUGUACCCGUUCCCACGCGUGGGCCGCGUCUCCCGCAAUACGUGGCAGAUUCCCAUCGAUGACGUCUACAAUGAUUACGAAACAUUCAGUGGUCGUCGCCAGCAGGAGAAUCACAUGAAACCGUUUCCCCGUAGCGGGCGCAGUGCCCUCCCCAUGGGCAGCCCGAACGAGUUCCAGCCGGUAGCCGUGCGCCGCACCGAGAGCCCUGGCAUGUGGUUCGGACCUCGGCUCGGCAGGUCCUUCAAGAGCGAUGACGACCUGACAAUCCAGUCCUCCAAUGACGUCAGCGAGCCCGAACAGACAGACCCCCUGCAUGAAGAACGAAGGAAGAGGCAAACACUCCACUAGGCCCAGCAACGAACCGACACAUGUUAUAAGAAACUGCGCAUAUUAUAGGCUUAAGUUCUAGAACAUUCUUUGAGUUAUCGAUUCGUUUCAUCAGAUAUUAUGCCCAAAUGAUUUGGUACUUUCUUUGUAUCUUGAGAAUAUUUAUCGAUUAUUUGCCGUAUAUUAUAAUGUAAUUAGACUACAGCUUAACUAGACUACAGCUUAUCUUACAUAUUUAUAUUGAUGAUUAUGGUUUCAGAAUGUUGAAUCAAAUGUCCAUGUAGAAAUGACUGUAACCGCGGUUAAGUGGGAAGGAGUAAUAGUUUAUUAUAAAAAAUACAAUUUAUUUUAAAAGUAGUUUUCAAGACUUUAUAUUUCAUGAUAGACUUGUUUAUUUUAGUACACGAGUCUUUGUUUAGGUAGUUAUUUAUAUACUUAUUAUUUAUAAAAAAAAUAAAAAUAUAGUGUUAGAGUCUAGAAUAUGCGCUGAUUCUUAAAUAUAAAAUAUGCCUAUCUCCAAAGUAGUUUCAAACGAAUUUGCCUACAGACCUAAGUAAUUAUUGUUUAUAUACUAUUAUUUAAUUUAUAACGAAUAAACGUCGAAAUUGUUGUAAUUACUAGGUUAUAAGUAUAAAAUAAUAAAUGUAUUUAGGAAUAUUAGAGUGUUUAUUGAUAAAAAUACUUAGAUAUUGCCAAAUUUAUUUCUGUGGCUGGGUGGGUUUUGUCUAUGAAAAACCUGUGAAAUAAUUUUGGCGAUUUAUUAUGAAUUGUUUAUAAAGUUCUAAUUAAUUGUAAUAAAGGUCAGUCCGUAA